AUGAAUUGUGCGCCAUCUAACUCGUCGCUUUCUGGAGGGAAAGUGCCCAAUGCUUCCUCGUCCUAUUCUCCGCUUCAGCAACAACAACAACCCCAGAUCACUGCCUCCUCCGGCUUCGAUUCGAGCUCGAGGCGUUCAAACAACUAUUCCGGUUCCGUGCAUGCCACGGCCCGCAACAACCAAAGUUACAAGAAGCAGCAUAAGGGUUCCAGAAAGGCUAGACUUGUGGGUGAGGAUGCUAUGACGGAAUCCGGAGCCAUGAGAAACGCCAAUAGCCGCAGGGGCCAAACCUCCAUCACCCAUCUCAUGAAUUUUACCCUUCCGCCCCGGCCACAGGACAACCGCAGCACCAUCGCACGUGGAACCCGCCGUGGCAAUAUUUAUGGGAUUGGUUCAGGCCACCAUUCCAGUGACAAGGCAAGAUAUAUUCAUGCCAACUAUCGAUUUAUCGUUAAGCCUAACGGGGACUACAAAUCCCAGGCCGUUAAUGCUGAUCAGCAUCUGGAUUGGAAUGAUGUCCUCCAAAUUCUUGCAUCCUCGGUUUCCCAAGAAGCAUCAUGCCCAAUCUGUCUUUCACAUCCGGUAGCACCGAGGAUGGCGAAGUGCGGCCAUAUAUUCUGUCUUCCUUGCCUCAUCCGCUAUAUGCACUCCACCGACGAUGUAAACCCAAUUCCGGAAAAGAAAGCUCGGUGGAAGAAGUGCCCGAUAUGCUGGGAUUCUAUAUAUCAGUCAGAGACGAGACCCGUGCGGUGGUAUACUGGUCAAGAGGGACCUCCUCCACGGGAAGGCGACGAUGUUGUACUGAGACUUGCUAUGCGGCAGCCAGGAAGUACUUUAGCCCUUCCGCGAGAUGGGGCUGAUGCUCUUGGCAAAGCGGAAGAUGUUCCAUGGUAUUUUGCGGCUGAAGUUAUGGAUUAUGCUCGAAUCAUGAAAGGUGGCGAGGAGUACAUGAGGGAGCAAUUUGACAAUGAGAUUGCGGAACUGAAGAGGCAAGAAAACGAAGAUGAGUUGAUGUUUGGAGAAGAGCCAGAGUGGACUAGGAAGGCUGUCAAUUCGGUCAAUGACGCCAAGGAGAGGAUGCAAGGCAUCGGGAAUCCCCCUCCAGUGCCUAAACAGCCUGCUGAGAAGAAACCGAAAAGACAGCCUAUUAUCUUCAAUCCCAUCCAGGAUGAUUCCCCAGAAAUGUAUUUCAUCCAACACGCUUCAAAGUCCGGUAUCAACGUAUCUUUUGAUACACCAGAUCCCUCCACCCCGGAUGCCGCCUCUGCCGAUCAGCAGGCGGUGCCCUCUGGCGGGCCUUUAAACACAGGUCCUCCAGCUGCCAAUGAUCAAAAGCAGCCUCCAUCUCACCCAAAGGCGGCACAGUCUCAGACCUUGAACGAAGCCCAUCACCCCGAUUCUCCGUAUUUCUUCUAUCAGGCCUUGCUCCAUUAUUACCUUGCACCACUCGACAUCCGAAUCCUUAAAUCCGCGUUUGGAAACUUUGCAUCUUUUCCAUCAACGCUUCUACCCCGCGUUGAGCGCAUCUCUACUGGCCAUAUAAUGGAUGAUGAAUUACGAAAACGAACAAAAUACCUUUCCCACCUGCCUUAUGGUUGUGAGGUGGGGUUUCUUGAGUGUAAUUGGACUGAUGUGGUUGUUCCUGAGAUCCUAGAUCUGUUCAAGUCCGAUAUCGAGAAAAGAAGGAGGCGAAAUAGAGAGAAGGAAUAUCGAGAAGAGAAGGACAGACUGCGGGCGGAAAAGGCGGAAGAUGAUGCGCGUUGGGCAAAUGCGCGGAGAAGACGACCGAGCAUACCCACGGAAACCUUAGCAGAGGGGGACUUUCAUCCCUUGGCUUCAUCGUCGCUUGACGCUGCAAAUGCAUCGCCGCCUUGGGAUACGCGCCAAGGCUCUUCAUUCGCGUCCCUGGCGUCCCCAUCGACAAGCCCAAAUGGCCGGAGGACGGUAUGGGGAACCGCAAUAAUAUCACCGACGUCACCGGACCUUCACCCUCAACCUGAGAAUGAUGCCGAUGAUGGAUGGCUACAUUCAUGGGAGCAAGAGCUGCUCGCGGAGGAGAACAAGCUCAUUGCACAGGUCCAGGCAACCUCGUUGAUUGGCGAGGCGAGUGACAGCGCGAAGCCAGCUACAGGAGUAGGCGGACAGCAGGGGAAGAAAAAGAAAAAGAAAAUCACACUGAUGAGCACAAAUGUUAGACGGGGGGCGUGA